AUGGAGAAACCAUGGAAAUGUGGGGACUGUGGGAAGGGAUUCGUAUACCAGUCGCAGCUGGAAACUCAUCGACGCACUCACACUGGGGAGAGACCAUUCCCCUGCUCCUUGUGUGGGAAGGGAUUCACUCGGUCAUCUGACCUUCUGAGACACCAACUCACUCACACUGAGGAGAGGCCGUUCACCUGCUCCAUGUGUGGGAAGGGAUUCAUUAAUUCAUCAGAUCUUCGGACACACCAGCGAGUUCACACUGGAGAGAGGCCGUUCACCUGCUCCGCCUGUGGGAAGGGAUACACUCAGUCAGCCCACCUGUUGGCCCACCAGAGAGUUCACACUGGGGAGAGGCCAUUCACCUGCUCUGAGUGUGGGAAGGGAUUCUCUCGGUCAUCCCACCUCACUGCACACCAACUCGUUCACACGGAUAAGAAACCUUUCAAAUGUUCUGACUGUGAGAAGAGCUUUAAACGCAGGUACCAGUUGCUGACACACCAACACAUUCACACUGGGGAGAGGCCGUUCACCUGCUCCGAAUGUGGGAAGGGAUUCAUUCAUUCAUCUGACUUUCUGAUACACCAGCGAAUUCACACCGGGGAGAAGCCGUUCACCUGCUCUAUGUGUGGGAAGAAAUUCUCCCGAUUAUCCCGCCUCACUGCACACCAACUUGUUCACACUAAUCAGAGACCUUUUAAAUGUUCUGACUGUGAGAAGAGCUUUAAAAGCAGGCGUGAAUUGCUAGCGCACCAACGUACACACACUGGGGAGAGACCGUUCACCUGCUCCGAGUGUGGGAAGGGAUUCGUCCAUUCAUCCAACCUGCUGAGACACCAACGAGUUCACACUGGGGAGAGGCCGUUUACCUGCUCCGAGUGUGGGAAAGGAUUCACUCAGUCAUCCCACCUGGUGAGACACCAGCGAGUUCACAAGUGACUGCAGGGGUUGGAUUCUGCUGCUAUUGCUGCUGUUAAUCAUGCCCAGAAUUGAACCAUAUUUAUUCUGAAAGUUAGUGUUUCUUUCUGCCGAUGUUAAUAAUUGAACU